AUGACCAACAAACCUUGCAAUGCGAAUGAUGAAGAUAUUGUUGACGGGAUGGUCGGAGUUGGAAAGCCACUCACCCACCCUACAUCGAUGCGAGUUUGCCGCGAAAUCACAGACUGUGCUCCAUUUGGAAUGUCCGAUCCAGGAAGCCCGAACUAUGCGCAUACGAAACAGAUUGACGCCAAAAUUUGCGAAUUCGCCCAGAGUAUACCCUCGUUUUUCUCGUUGGCCCAUAGGUCGGACGAGCUACCAGAAGCCAAUCCUCGGGAAUCUCCUGGAAUAAUCGUACAACGAUAUAUCCUCAAUUUUCUGCUUCAUGCCCAAAGGUGUAGGCUUCACUUGCCUUAUUUGUCGCGAGCGUCUAAGGAUUCUACGUAUGAUUACUCCCGGAAGGCAUGCCUGGAAGCAGCCCGAAUGGUGGUCCGAACUGAGCGCCAACUCUCGUUAGAGAUGAUCCCUUUCGUCUCAGCCCGGCUGAAACUUUCAGCCUUGCUACAUUGUGUCUGCAUGGCGAUAAUUGUUCUUCUCAUAGAUUCUUUUGGGAGUGGUCAUACGCAGGAAAAGGACAUGACGGAAAUUUAUGGGGCAUUUUCAAUACUAGAAGCGGUCAGAGAGGAGUCCCUAUUAGCAGGAACGUUGCUUGAGACCUUCAAGACGGCUCUUCACCGGCACAGUGCCUCGGGUUCAGCUGUUGACGAAAAGUCAACAACGCAAUCUACCUCUCAAGACCCUGAGGCUUCGCCGGGACUUGCCUACAACUCGAGAGCGCUUACAAUCAUGGUGUAUUCAACAGGCAUGAACAGUGGACUGGAGCAGCUUCGUUUCUGA